AGGUCAUCAGUGACCGCGCUUUGCGCUUCCUGCAGAUGCGAGAGGCCAUUUGGAAGAAGACUAGCGAGGAGGCGUUGGUCCUGAGAGAGUUUGAGGGUCUUUUGCAUCGCCACUAUUUUCACCACAAACCUUUGAGCCUGGCUCAACUGGAUGCAUGGCGCCGAUACCUUGACUUUGAAGAGUCACGCACACCGCGGAACUGGCGGCGCUUGCAGGGCUUGUUCGAAAGAUGCUUGAUUGUAACCAACAACUACCUCGAGUUCUGGCUGCGCUACGCAAGCUUGCUUGAACAAGCAGAGGCAACAUCGAACCCAGGGGCGAAGCCUGAGCUUGCCUGCAGCUUGUUGAGAGGCGCUUGCCUGUCUGGGCGCCUUGCUCGGCGACCUGAUGCCCUUGCUGCAUGGGCAGAACUGGAGGAGGAGUGUGGCCGAACACUUCGUUCUCGCAUCAUUUUGGAUGGCGCACUUGCAGGGUGUGGCCGUGGCAGCGCUGACUUGGCGUUGCGACGCUGUGGUUUAGAGCUUCGGCAGCAGGAUGGUGACUUGGCUGCUGCCCUCUUGGAGAGCUUUGCUGCUAACGCAGACUUGUCCUCACGAGCAAUUCUGAGUCGCCGCCAUGCUCGCCUUUGUGAGGAGCUUGGUCAUCCUGAGAAGGCUUACGAGUCUUUGCUUGCUGCUUGGCAAGCUGGUUGUCGACAAGUUGGUCUUUUGGUAGAGCUUUCGUCUUUGACUAUGCGCGGACACGCUGAGAAGAAAGGAGAACCAGGAUCAGCUGUGGCGAAGUGCAUCACUCUUUUUGAGGAGGCGUUACAGUGCGCUGAAGCCGAUGGCCACAAAUUUGGAGAGGUUUGUGAGCUUUGGUCCUGCUACGUGGACUUCCUCCUCGCUCAUGGCGCCCCCCUUGGCACAACUUCGCACAGUCCAGGC